CUAGAGGAUAACUCCACUUUUAGCUUUGCCAUGGUAUGGAAACUUGUCCUCUGAAUCUUCAUGUGUUCUGACAACUCACAGGCAUUCGCGUGAUGUGGCUGUUUCUAACAACAACCUAUUUGAUUUGUGGAACUUUAAAUGCUGGUGGAUUCUUUAAUUUGGAGAAAGAAGCAAAUCCUGAAGUGUGGAUGAAUAUUAGUGAAAUCAUCACCUACAAUGGCUACCCCAGUGAGGAGUACGAAGUCACCACUCAAGAUGGGUACAUACUCAGUGUCAACAGAAUCCCCCAUGGACGAAGAGACAAUAGGAGCACAGGUGCCCAGCCAGUCGUAUACUUGCAGCAUGCUCUGUUUGCAGACAGUGCCUCCUGGCUUGAGAAUUACGCCAAUGGCAGCCUUGGAUUCCUUCUAGCAGAUGCAGGUUACGAUGUAUGGAUGGGAAACAGUCGGGGCAACACUUGGUCAAGGAGACACAAAACACUCUCAGUGAAUGAAGAGGAAUUCUGGGCCUUUAGCUUUGAUGAAAUGGCCAAAUAUGAUCUCCCAGGAAUAAUAGACUUCAUUGUAAACAAAACUGGUCAAGAGAAGUUGUAUUUCAUUGGACAUUCACUUGGUACUACAAUAGGGUUUGCAGCCUUUGCCACCAUGCCUGAACUGGCACAAAGAAUCAAAAUGAAUUUUGCCUUGAGUCCUGUGAUCUCAUUCAAGUACCCCACGGGCAUUUUUACCAGUUUUUUCCUACUUCCAAGUUCCUCAGUCAAGAGGAUUUUUGGUACCAAAGGUUUCUUUUUAGGAGAUAAAACAGGCAAGUCAGCUUCUACCAAAAUCUGCAACAAUAAAAUAUUAUGGGUGAUAUGUAUUGAAUUUAUGUCUUUAUGGGCCGGAUUCAACAUGAAAAAUGUGAACAUGAGCCGAAUGGAUGUGUAUAUGUCCCAUGCUCCCACUGGAUCGUCGAUACAGAACAUCCUGCAUAUAAAACAGCUUUACGGAUCUGAUGAAUUCAGAGCUUAUGACUGGGGAAGUGAAGCAGAGAACAUGCAUCAUUACAAUCAGAGUCGUCCCCCACUAUAUGACCUGACUGCCAUGAAAGUGCCUACUGCUAUUUGGGUUGGUGGAAGUGAUGUCCUUAUAACACCCCAGGAUGUAACCAGGGUACUCCCCCAAAUCAGGAAUCUCCAUUACUUCAACCUAUUGCCAGAUUGGAACCACUUUGAUUUCAUCUGGGGCCUCGAUGCUGCUCAACGGGUGUACAGUAAAAUCAUAGAUUUGAUGAAGUCAUUUCCCUGACUGCAAUACAUCUACUCUUCAGUUAAAAGUUGUUUCCAAGCCCAUAAGAGGCUUUGGGCAAAAUACUAAUCAGCAAUGAGGUCUACUCCAGCAUCCUUCACCAUGUUGCUGUCGCUGAGGUGUUCCCUUAUCACGGCAUCCCAGCUAGGAAUUACUUGUACUGUGCUAUUCUUUUGGAAAUGUCCACAUCUGAAAUCUUAGAAUCUUCCCCUCAGUCAGGGCUAGGUCUAUUUUUAAAUCUAAGCCCUAGUAAACUCUUCUCUGCUAACUGUACACUUCAGGGAGGAGUUAAAAGAGGCCUUUCUCUUUCUUAUUUCAAAUAUAUAUGGUGGUUUCAUGCAAAUGAUACUUACUCCCCA